CGUGAAAAAAUCUCUAUAUAUAUACACCCCAUAUCCAGAUUUCCUUGUCACAGAAAGAUGAUCUCUCUAGGCUUCUCUCAUCUCUUCCAAAUUCUUACGUGCAUUCUGCUUCUGACUCAAUCAUUUUCUGAAGAUGAACGAAAGACUUACAUCGUCUACAUGGGCGAGCGUCCGAGGGGCGUGGAAUCGACAGAAUUACUUCACAAGAGUAUGGUUCAAAGGGUCCUCGGCAGCAAAUUUGCCCCAGAUGUUUUGCUACAUAGCUACAAGAGUUUUAAUGGAUUUGUUGCGAGGCUAACAAAAGAGGAGACAUUGAGAAUAAGAGGAAUGGACGAUGUGGUAUCUGUUAUACCAAACAGAAACAACAAGCUCCAUACAUCAAGAUCCUGGGACUUCUUAGGCUUCCCCCAACAUGUUGACAGAUCAGAAUUAGAAAAGGACAUGAUCGUUGGAGUAAUUGAUACUGGAAUUUGGCCCGAGUCUGAUAGCUUUAAGGGUGAUGGACUUGGUCCACGACCAGCCAAAUGGAGGGGCAUUUGCCAAAACUUUACAUGCAAUAACAAAAUAAUUGGAGCAAGAUAUCAUCGCACUAGCGGUAGGUUUGGACCAACUGAUAUCAUAAGUCCAAGGGAUACGAAUGGCCAUGGAACUCACUGUGCAUCCAUUGCUGCUGGAAUCCCAGUUUUGAAAAGUCUAUAUGGGCUUGGCUCUGGGAUAGUAAGAGGAGGAGCUCCAUUAGCACGUAUUGCGGUAUAUAAAGUAUGUUGGUCUUUGGGUUGUGAAUCUGCUGACAUCCUUGCAGCAUUUGAUGCAGCCAUUGCAGAUGGUGUUGACAUCCUUUCCGUUUCAAUGGGAACACCAAAGAGAAGAUACGCUAACUAUUUUGAUGACAUCUAUGCGAUAGGAUCUUUCCACGCAAUUAAGAAAGGCAUAUUAAUGUCUCAAGCAGCUGGCAAUGAUGGUCCAGGUUUUUAUACAACUUUAAAUACUGCACCCUGGACCUUUUCUGUAGCUGCCUCCACUACAGAUAGAAAGUUUUAUACCGAAGUUAAGUUGGGCAAUAAUAUGAGUUUCCAGGGAAUUUCUAUCAAUACAUUCGAUCUAGAAAAUAAUUACUAUCCAUUAAUUUAUGGUGGAGAUGCACCCAACACUUUUGAUGGAUAUAUUAGUUCCCAAUCCAGGUUUUGCUAUCCAGAAUCAUUGAAUGGAGCUAUGGUGAGACGAAAAAUUGUUUUAUGUGAUGGCGUUCUGGAUCCCUCGCGGGUGGGAUUCCUUCAUGGAGCCAUUGGUGUUAUAUUUGCAAGUACCCGUCCUUUAGUUGAUGCGGAGAUAUAUGCAAUACCAGCAGUUCAACUUAGCGAAAACGACGGGCUACAGAUACGUCGUUAUUCACAGUCUCCGUUACCAACGGCUACUAUAUCUAAAAGUACAGAAGGCAAAGAUCCAUGUGCCCCUUUCGCUCCUCCUUUCUCAUCUAGAGGUCCAAAUAUAAUCGAUCUAGACAUUAUGAAGCCUGAUAUAGCCGCUCCAGGAGUAGAAAUUCUAGCUGCAUGGCCUCCACGCGCUCCUAUUUCUGAUGUUGACGGAGAUACUCGAGAAUCAAGUUACAAAUUCUUAUCUGGCACUUCAAUGGCAUGCCCUCAUGUGUCUGCAACCGCUAUCUACGUCAAAUCAUUUCAUCCUACUUGGUCUCGUGCAAUGAUUAAAUCCGCAAUAAUGACAACUGCUACCCCUAUGAGUCCUCAAAUUAAUAUAGAAGCUGAAUUUGCUUAUGGUGCGGGACAAAUUAAUCCCAUCAAGGCUAUUCAUCCUGGAUUGGUUUAUGAUGCUGUUGAAAAAGAUUAUGUUAGGUUUCUUUGUGGACAAGGUUAUGAUACUCGUGUGUUGCAAAUUAUUACGGGAGAUAAUAGCAGCUGUACACAAGCAAAUAAGGGAACUGUUUGGGAGCUUAAUCUCCCAUCUUUUGCCUUUUCCACAAGUCACUCAAGGAAUUUUAGCGUUGUCUUCCAUAGAACUGUUACAAAUGUUGGAUCAGCUGCAUCUAGAUAUCAAGCUACAAUAACCCCAACUCUGCCAUCACUAAACAUCCAAGUUGAGCCAAAUGUUUUGGUCUUCACAUCUUUGGGUGAAAAAAAGUCAUUCACGCUUAAGAUUGAAGGAAACAUUCCUGCAAAAAUACUUUCUACUUCUUUGGUUUGGAAUGACGGCACUUAUCACGUGAGGAGCCCCAUUGUUGUUUAUUCUCCCCCUAGAUAUAAAUGA